AUGGGCCGCAAGCAGCAGAAGAAGAAGUUCGUGGUGAGCAUCGUGCUCUACAAGUGCCAGGACCUGGCGGCCGCCGACAUGGACGUGCUGGGCGGCAAGAGCGACCCGUACGUGGUCUUCUCGCUGGGCGGCGAGACGCGCAAGAGCUCGUGCAUCAUGAACGACCUGAACCCGCAGUGGUCGCCGCCCGAGAAGUUCGAGUUCCACGUGGACGAGUGGGAGAACGAGUUCCUCAUCGCGCAGGUCUUCGACUACGACCGCCUCAGCAAGGACGACCUCAUCGGCUCGGCCGUUAUCCCGCUCACGCUCUACGCCGGUGGGCGCCACUGCGAGAUGUACAGCUACCCGCUCGUGCUGCCCGACGAGGUGGGCGGCUUGGGCGCGCCCAAGAGCGACCUGUUCCUGCAGAUCAGCCUCUCGACCAGCGACGGCAGCCCCGUCGAGUAUUACUAUUAG